GGGGAGGUCAUCAGCACCCUGCCUGUAAUGAGAGACUGGCUCAUCUGAAGGGUCUGGGAUUUACCUUGUUUCCUCUCUUCUUUGCCGUCCUCAGUUUUCUCCCCUCUCCCCGACCCGUCCUUGAUCCGCAUGCCCCCACACCACAUCCCUCCCUGUCUGUUCCCAGGGAGAGGAACACAGGAGGUCGAAAUGGGUGCGGACGAGGGGGCCAUGCGUGCCAGGUGUUCGAGCCCGCCCUGGGGGAGCACAAGCUGGUGUACAAAACGCUCCACGAACAGUUCCAGCAGCUUUUUCUGGACUGACAAGCUGAACGCCUUCCUCGCGUCGAUAGGUCAGCCCAUGGAGGCCUUCGAAGCUGCUUUUGAGAAGAUAGUGAAGAAAGACGCCGGGGCGCAGACCAUGGCGGAGUUGAUGUGGUGUGCGACUACGAGUUCUUCUGUCAGCUCAUGUGCGAGCGAAAGAAGGAGCUUGCCGCACGCGUGCCCUGACAGCGCCUUUUAUUCUCAUCUACUUUCUCUUCACUUCUCCUAUUGCCUGUCCUCUCGUUUUUCUUCUGCUCCUGCUCCAUCUCCCUCGUACCCGCGCCGCACCUGGUGGAUCCCGUCGCUGGACGCCCUCGCUUCCGCGCGGCCCGCCAUGGGGCCUGUGUUGCGCCCGGCGCGCAGAAAGAGUCUGAACCGUUGCGAGGGCGAGGAAGGGGAGGGACUCAAAAUCAUGACAGGAGGGGGAC